UUUGGCGACCAGACGGGUCAACAUCCGGACACAGGCUUGUCCAGUCUUGGGCUGUACCUACCACAGCACAAGACUGGACAUGCAUCUCCUAGAUGGCCACAGAGAGCUGACAAGAGACGAGGUUGAGGUCAACUUGGACAUGAAAUGACUUUACCAAAAUCCGUAGUUUGCUGUCCAGUUUGCUUCAUGACAUUAAUGGCCCUAUCCCAUCACCUAAAGCGGGCCCACAAUGUCCACAAUUUGGAAGAAUGCAAACUUUUGUUAAAUUUGGCGACCGGACGGCUGAAUUUCAGGAAGGAAGCUUGUCCAGUCUUGGCCUGUGGUUAUCACAGCACAAGACUGGACAAGCAUAUCCUAGAUGGCCACAGAGAGCUGACAAGGGACGAGGUCGAGGCAAACCAAGACCUGGUGCGGAGGACCAAGUCCAUCUCCCUCCUGGCUGUGCUGAGGAGCACAAACCCGGCAGUCUGGAUGGCCACAGGGCUCAACUUGGAGGAAGAAGAUGAGGGCAACCUCAGCACGGUGCCCAGGGACACGGAGGAAGAGGCCCCCCAGUGCCCAGAACCCAGCUGCCUUAAUGAACUAAAGGUGAAAAGCCUGUCGGCACGCCUUAGGCGGAUGAAGGAGCUUAGCACAAUGCGAACAAAAAGCCAGAAGCUGGCCAAGAGACUCCACCGUAGCCAGGCUCAGGCAUCUGGCCGGACAGGAGUCACCAGCAGCAGCAUUGAGGUGGAAAUUAAGGAGGAUCCUCCGCAGCUGAUACCUCAGCAGCUGGGCUCUCAGCCUCUGCAGCCUCCGCAGCUGCAUACCCCUCAGCCUCCACAGCUGCAUACCCCUCAGCCUCCACAGCUGCAUACCCCUCAGCCUCCGCAGCUGCUACCACAUAUUGUCUAA